AUUGGGUAAAAACAGUCGCUCCCCAUUUCGACUGGUACUCGGCGUCCAUUGCUUUGACGUAUUGGUACACCAUUGAAAUCCUGAAACGCAAUCGACCUUUUCCAACGAUCUCCCAGUGGCGUUUGCACGUGUUGAUUCCCAUCACUGAUUUCAAAGAUUCAACAGCAGAAUGUCGGGAGGUUUGGAUGUACUUGCCCUGAAGGAGGAGGACGUGACCAAGUUCUUGGCCUGCAGCACCCACCUGGGCAGCAACAAUGUGGACUACCAAAUGCAGCAGUAUGUCUACAAGGUCAAGGGUGACGGGAGCCACAUCAUCAACGUGCGUAAGACUUGGGAGAAGCUGAUGCUAGCAGCUCGCUGCAUCGUGGCCAUUGAGAACCCAGCUGAUGUCUGCGUCAUCUCUGCCCGCCCCUACGGACAGCGUGCCAUCCUGAAGUUCUCCAGCCACACCGGAGCCACGCCCAUCGCCGGCCGCUUCACCCCGGGUACUUUCACCAAUCAGAUCCAGGCGGCGUUCCGUGAGCCCCGCCUGCUGGUGGUGACCGACCCCAGGACGGACCACCAGCCGGUCAUGGAGGCGUCUUACGUCAACAUCCCCGUCAUCGCCCUGUGCAACACGGACUCCCCGCUGCGGUUCAUCGACAUCGCCAUCCCAUGCAACAACAAGGGUGCCCAGUCCAUUGGUCUGAUGUGGUACCUGCUGGCCCGCGAGGUCCUGCGUUUGCGGGGUACCAUCAGCCGUGACAUCCCAUGGGACAUCAUGGUGGAUCUGUACUUCUACAGGGAUCCAGAGGAGGCUGAGAAGGAAGAGCAGGAAGCUCGUGAGAAGGCCCAAGCCAAGGAGGAGCCCCAGCCAGCCUACCAGGAGCAGUGGGGAGGACCGGGUGAGGUCCCUGCUAUAACGGCCGCCGUGCCUCAAGACCAGCCUGCUGGCGUCAAGGUUACUGAUUGGGCAGCUGAGUCUAUGACCGUGCCCGGCGUGGCCAUGCAGUCUACCUACCCAACAACCGACGACUGGGCUACACCGGACCCCAACGCCACCAAGGACUGGUCUGCCGCUCCUGCUCCCCAAGCACCUGCCACCGGUGAAUGGGGUGGUUCCGCCACCCAGGAUUGGAACGUCUAAGCCGAAACAAUCGAGCAGCAAAAACACCUUCCCCUUUCCUUGUCAAUGCAUCAAUUCCCAUUUACUCUUAAAAAAAUUCACAAAAUUCAGGAGCAAAAGAUGAGGGCGUUUGUUUACAGCAGGGUAUGUCCAUAAAUAAGGGGUCCAAAAGUGUGACAUUUUUGGUGUCCCUGUUACACCGGACCUGUUAAUUUGCCAUUCAAGUGUCAAUAAAAAUGACUUCACACUAAAUUUUUUCAUUUGUUUACCAGGUAGUUUGCUUUACAUAAUCACUCUUAGAAUCAGAGACAUGUGUCCUAGAUUACAAAAUCUUACCCAAGUCAGAUGUAACUCGGACACCAAAAUUGGACCCUAAAUUUAUGGAAUCACCCAGCAGCCCUCAUUCAACACUGGUACUUAGAGUCGCUCUUAAAAAAAUAACGAAAGACAAAGUAGAAACAACAUUGUGAAAUUACUUACGAGGAUUUCCUUAAGAAACCUGACUCAGACUGUUUACUUACUUUUAAGACCUGGUUUUAUUGCAUUUGGGGAGGGUUGUUUAGGCUUUAAGGCCUCAGGAAUUUGGCCACGUUCUCCUGUUGGGCUCGAAGCUCUUGUCAAGUACUUGAUGUACUUUACUGGAAGAAACAAAUAAACUUGAAGUGAAACAAAGAAA